AUGUGUUUUUUGGUAAAUUUCCUAACCUCACCCCAACCCAACCCAACUUUUCGCCUUCAUCGGCCCAGCACAUACUACAAUAGGGGUUGAUACAAAUAACUGAGCUUUUUUGCAGUCGUUACACUUUUUCCUCGGCAUGUAUUUUCGGUUUGGUAAGUUGGUAGGUGGUACAACACUCCAACAGGCUCUACCGAAAAAAUCCUCCUACAGAGCCGACAAAGCUGCCAGCAUCCAAAGCCAAAUUCAAACAGACAGCACCAUCAGCAUCAGCAUCAACACAUAUCAUAUAUACAAGAAAAUAAUACGUAAACUACUACCAGUUGGUUUGAAAUUCAUUCAGUCUUUCCUGGAGAACGUUUAAGAUAAGUUCUGAUAAAAAAAAAAAAAAAAAAAACAAGUAUAAAAUUCAAAAGAAGACAAUAAAUUCCGUGCGCAAAGUUAAUAUAUCAAGAAAAAAGAAAAGAAAAUUAAAGAAAAAUAUCUUUAAAAACGGUACAGUGUGUUAAAAAGAGUUUUUAAUUGUUUAAAAUUUCAAUACCUUGAUUUUUGUUUUUAUUGAUAAAGUCGAUGUGAUUCUAAAAAAAAACUUCUUAUAUUUUAUUUCGUAUAAAGUUUCAAAAGUAUCUACUUAAGAUCAAAAAACUAUCAGAUUUAUUUAACUUCAGAUUUUAUUUAUGGGCAAAACUGAUAAAUUCUGAAAAUCACAGUGAAAUAUAGAAAUUGUAUUUAUUAUUCAAAAAUACCUAUAUACAAAUUUUAUUAAAUAAUUUAUUGAUUUUGUUUUAAGAUAAGGAAUUGAUUUUUACAAUACAUUUUUUGUUUGUUUUAUACGCAAAUUUAUUGUUAUUAAAACAAGUACAGACUACAAUUGCUCACAAUUAUUUCGAGAAUUCAAGAGCUCACUUUCUUCUAUUGGCAUUGUUAUACCUACUUCUGAAAUCAUGAAUGGUGGUGAGGUCCUUCGAGUUGACGUUCCACCGUCUUCAUUGAUAACCCGACGGCAUCGACCACGGCAACAAUUGUUUGGGCGACUACAAGGACGGUUCAGUUGUUGCGAUAAGAUAAAUCAUUCGGUAAUAAAUUUUAAGGUUAUUUCAAAACGGAAUAAAACAAAAAUCUCGCAUUCCUUCAUAAACAUUAAAGAUAUCCAAAAUUAUCAUUUAUCAUCAUCUUUAACUAUUUUGAGAAGAACAAAAUUUAAGCUACAAUGCGGCACUAUACAAAAAAGAAUCAAUAUCAUGCAACUAGAAUCAUUCAAAUUAUUCUACUCCUGAUUUUCCCACUGAGAAGCUGUUCAGUAAAUGGUCAAAUAUCACAUCAUACAGAGUAUGAAAUUGCUACUGGACGUCGUAGCGGUGGAAAUGGCGCUAGUGGCGCCAGUGGUGGCGCUAGCAGUGAUAGCAAUGAAGAUGAGAGCAUCAGCAGUCAACCAAAUAGAUUGCACACAAAUGGCGAGAUACUUGGACCUAAAUCUUUUCCUUUAAGUGCCCAAGAGCCGAGCUGUGAGGAAUUGCGAGCUAUGUGGAUAUUUUCCAAGAGACAAUCAAGGGCUGCAGAAAUGUCAAACGAAAUACCAACAUAUCGUGAUCCAUUUGCAUAUAAUGUAUGGGAACCUAUGUAUAAUCCAGGACGUGGUAUCGGAUCCCGAACAAUUCCACAUUACCGUGAACCUAAUCGGCCAGUGUUUGGUCGCGUAAUUAGCCGAGAACCUGUUGUUUUACAAAGAUUACCAGCACGUUCAAGAAUAUUAUUUGAUGAAGUACCAGCAAGAUUGUACGGAUCAGAGACCCGAUCAACUAUGCCAUCAGUAGCCAAUGGAGUUGGAACAAGAAGAACUAUGCAAUAUCGGUUCAGUGGAACACCACCUUAUGGAAACCCUCAGAACAAUAAUCCAAAUCUUGUCCAUCAGGGAAGUUUUCAAAAAUUAAAAGAACUUAUUUGGACUGAACGAGCCAAGGAACUAACUCAACAAAGAAAAGCUGAGGAAUUAGCAGCUAGAGCAGCAGUACUUAAAGAGCUUUCAGCUGGUCAAUUGAUAAAUCGACAACUAGAACAAAAUGAUGAACCUAUGCCCAACGAACAGAAUCUUAGCCCAGACCAGCCGGAACAUCUGUACCACCAUAACAACAUGGACGGUAGAAUAGCGAUUGGUAUGGGUAAACAGCCAGGAGGUAUGAAAUCGAUUUUCUCAGGCAAUCCAUCAAAUCCGAACUCAGCACGCUCAGGUAGGCUCCUAUUGCCUAGCAUGAUUGGAGGCGAUGCCAGAGAACGUGGCAAUUUGCAGAGAAACUUCCCAAUGCGACCAUCACACUUCCGUGAACGAAAUAGGGUAUUGUUCAGACAGUCAACACCAUCAGACUUUUACCAACGUGAAUCUAGAAGUGGGUCCCUGAAAUCCCUACCAUUUGAACAUGAAGUAGAAACGAACUCAGAAUCUUAUAGCUCGGAGAAUGAUCGAAAUCGGAUUGACAACAAAAACACAAUGUACCCUAGUAAUGAUUUUCAACAUUUAACAACAGGCAGGGAAAUUCAGAAGCAGCAGCAGCAACAGCAGCUAAGCGAUAUAUUACAAAAAAUAUAUCAAAUCGAUCAGUUGUCAUUUUUGACGGAAUAUCCAUCAUCAUUGACUUCGAAACCUAACAGAUUUAAUUAUGAUGAAAAUAUUAAUAUUGAUAGUGAAAUUGAUAGUAAAAGUCGUAACCGCAGGAAUGGUUUGAGUAACAUUGAUUUUAUAAAACAUUCCUCAAGCAGUGACAGUUACUAAGAAAAUUGUAUUAAUUUUUGUUUUUAUUUUAAAUUCUAUAAACAAAUGUAAAAAUUCAAAUUUUAGUUGCAAAUUAGACAAAAAAAAACAUAAAACUUAUUGUCAUUCCAAUCUUGGCUGUUAAAAUAAUGUAAUCGUAAAUGAUCUUUACUUUAUAUAAAUUUCAAUGAAACAAGGGUAAGUUACAUUAUAUACAUAUACUCGUGCAAAAUGUAAAAAUUCAUAUUAUGCAAGAAAAUGAAAUACUCAAAAUACUGAAUACAUAAAAAUUCCCACUGCAAACUUUAAGUAAGAGUAGAAAUAUAAGGAGUCUUUUAAUUUUAUAUUAUAUAUUCAUAUUUUUUGGUAAAAAUGUUUCAAGUUAAGUACAUAGCAUAAUCUACUCAUAACUAUAGCAUAUCUCAAUAAUAAUGAGCUGGCUUGAUCUCAUAUUAAACAGGGUCAAAUCUAGGAGUCUCUUUGUUUAAUCUUAACACAUUGUAUAUCAGCAAUAAAAUAAGCCAGUUACAAAGAGACCAAGCAUUUGUUUAUUAUCUUAAAACAAAACACAUAUCAUAACUAUUUUCUUUUUUUUUGUCAACUAUACCUUUAACAUUAUUGAAUCUUAGUCUUCGUAGUUUUUUAAUUCUUAUGAAAGAUAUUUGAAACAUUUGUCUAAACUUAUUUAUGUAUUUGAAAAACUAUUUCUCGUGGUGGUUACUAUAAGCUUUGUUUUAUUAAUAAUUAUAAGGUUAAACUGGGGUACAUCUGACAUACCUAAGUAUAAUUUGUUUAACUAUUUUUAGAUUUACAUUAUUGUACAUUUGUUGAUUCUUCAUGGUGAAGAAAAGUAGGAGCUUAAACCCCAAGUUUUUAUCAGUUAAAUCGGUUUGCUUGUAAGGCUGAUGUGUAGUGGUCAAAAUUUGAACAAGAAAAGAGAGAUACGAGUGCCUUAUAGAGCACAAGUCGAACUGCGAACUUCGAAUUGCAACUGAUUACAAAUUUUGACAUUUCAUCAAUACGAGCUUUCGAAAUAAACUACCAAUUGUCUGGGAUAUCCCAAGGAUGUAGUUUCAAUUUUCAAAACAAAACUCAAUAAUUUGUUUGUUAAAAUAAUAUUUAAUCUUUGCCAUUUAAACUAAUAAUUUAAGGAACCUUUUUUAUGUAAAGAUAUUGCGUUCGGUCCAAAUGCAAAACUCACCAAGUGACAGUGCAGACAAAUUGAUUGAUUCAAUUGCCGACAUUUUCAAAAUUAUAUUUUAUGUAUUGAAUUCAUAAAUAAAACUUAUACUACUAUUACAGAAAUUAUCCAGCUAUUACAACUUGCUUUUUUAACUGGGGGUUAAGGUCUGUGAUUUUAUUUUGAUAUUUUAUUAGUCACGAAAAAAACUAUGUACCUACUUACUUUAAUUUUAAAGAUUAAAUAAUAUUCUUGUAAAUUCUUAAUCAAAUGGUAAACUAAAUUAAUUAUAGACAAUCAAAAUCUGUUUUAAAAGCGUAUUUUAUUUGCCAACUUUUGUAGUUUAAGAUUAACCAUUAACAAAAAAUUGUAAAAUUCCAAUUGCUUACUUACGCUAUUUUUUUCGAACAUUCUGAUCUAUCUAUCUAUCUAUGAUCUAUCAAUCAUUAAACAUUAAGUUUUCAAAUGCUAUGCACAAAACCUGUAAACUUGGAAAUUUCACACGUGUACAUAUUUAAUUCACCGUGUAACUAUAAGUCUAGUUCAUCGAAAGUUUGGGUUUUAAAGUAAAUUUUCAACAUUUUCGCCAUUUCUAUCUUUUUAUUACGUAAGGGUACAAUAAGUUCGGCAACGCCCCAAAAACAAAAUCAUCUUAACAUUUCAAAUAAAUCAAACGUACCCCAGUUCUGGGUUUUUUCCAGAUGAGUCAAUUUAAGAUAUUUUUAACUAUAAUAAUUUUUCCAAACGACGACUGUGGUUUCUUUCUUUAUUUAUUUAUAAUGAUAUAAUGACAAUAAUAUUGCUAGACAUAAAAGUGCUUUAAAAUACUUUCAAAACCUAAGUAUAAUUAUGUUUUCAUUCGUAUAAUAACUAAAAGCUUUGAAAAUAUGGAAAUUAUGACAAUAUGCCAACAAGUUUCAAUGAAAAGGCCGUAGAUUUAAAAUUUAAACAGAACUAGAAUUAAAACUAUAAACAAAAAAAACAUUAAUAAUUUUCUUAACCAUAUCUUACAAAAAAAACAUAUCCUAACAAUAUUAAUCAGGGAUAUAAAUACAUACAUAUAUAAACAACUAUAUAUUUAUACAUUAAAAAAAUUAAACAAAUAUUUUAUGAAAGGCUUGAGCAAAAAUUGUAUUUUAUAUAAAGCAACAAACAAAAACAAAAUUAUAUUUUAUUUCAAAAUACUCGAUAUUUUGUUUUCUAUUUUUGUUUCUGUAAACUAUCGAUGCCAUAAGCCAAUUAAAAACACAUGAUAUACAAAAUUUAUGAUUCAGGUAAAAUGCACGAAAAUUAAGGUAGCACAAUUUAAAUCGUUUAAGCCUCUUUAACCAUUCAACUUUUUCCAUUUAAAUUAUAAUUUUUAAACAUUUUGUAUAAACCUUUUAGGUAAAAUUUUUAAAUGGGCAAGUAGCAAAAACAAAAAGACUUUCUCUCAAAAUUGUUCAUUUUAGAUCUUAAAAAUCUUAAUUUCAAGUUCUGAUGAAUACAUUUUGUAGUUUUGUUUAAAUUUUGUUUUCCUUUCAGCUUUUUAAAAUCAACCUGUCCAAAUUUAUAAACUAAAAACAUAUUAUACGGGAUUGUUAUUCCGAAAUUAUCAAAUUCAAACCAAUUUUCGUGCCCAAUUAUUUAGUCAGUGCAUGUUUUUGAUAGAUUAAUCAAAAUUUUGCACUAUUCACUAAAAAAAACUUGAUACGAUGCAUUCCCAUUAGUGCUGUCAAAUAAAGCCAAGUGAAAUAAGCAAAAUUUCAAAAAAUGGUCUUAUUUCACUUUUGUAAAGUGUCCAACAGUUAAUCUUAUUACAUUUAAACAAAGUGAAAUAAAGCCAAUUUGGUUUUAUUUCACUUUCAACUGAAACUAUUCACACACUUAAGCUCGCACCUACUCCCAAUCCUAUAGUGUGCCCUUUGUCAAAGUGCAAUAUGGCCAACUGCUGAAAAUUGGUCUUAUUUCACUAUUGUGUAGUGCAAGGCCAAUUUUUAAAGUUGGUCUUAUUCCACUUGACUUUAUUUCACGGCACCAUUCUGUUUAACGAAUCAGACAUUGGCUACUGAACACAAAAAGAAAACGCUCAAAUACAAUUUUCUUAUA